GUUGUUCCUCGGGGUGUUUUUGAGCCCGCCACCCAACUCAAGCAGGCAGAGAAGCCGGGGGACAGCAUGAUGGACCUUUUUGAAACUGGCUCCUAUUUCUUCUACUUGGACGGGGAGAAUGGAGCCCUGCAGCAGCUGGAGAUGGCUGAGGGAUCCCCGCUGUACCCAGGCAGCGAUGGCACCUUGUCCCCAUGUCAGGACCAAAUGCAUCCAGAGGCCGGCAGUGACAGCAGCGGAGAGGAGCAUGUGCUGGCACCCCCGGGACUACAACCCCCUCACUUCCCCGGCCAGUGUUUGAUCUGGGCUUGUAAAACUUGCAAGAGAAAGUCGGCCCCCACGGACAGACGGAAAGCAGCCACCCUCCGGGAGAGGAGGAGGUUGAAGAAGAUCAACGAAGCCUUCGAGGCUCUGAAAAGGAGGACUGUGGCGAACCCCAAUCAGAGGCUGCCCAAGGUAGAGAUACUGAGGAGCGCCAUCAGCUACAUCGAGAGGCUGCAGGAUCUCUUGCACAGGCUGGAUCAGCAGGAGAAAAUGCAGGAGAUCGCGGGGGACCCCUUCAACUUCAGCCUCAAGGAGGGAAAUAUCGCCAGUUCGGACUUCCUCAGCACCUGCAGCUCCGACUGGCAAACCGUUUCUGACCAUUCCCGAGCCCUAGGAAUCAGCCCCAAAGAAGGAGUCUCCGUUGUCGAGUCGUCGGCCUCCAGCAGCCUUCGCUGCCUCUCUUCAAUAGUGGACAGUAUUUCUUCCGACGAGCCCAAACCGCCCAGUGUGGAGGAAGCGGUGGAGAAAUAAAUCCGGUUCUGUGGUAGUAUGUUUAACGAGAUGGAGCCCCUAUCCUCUUUCCUCUAAACAAGUAACGAAGCAAAUUAACACAGUGGAAAACCCAAGCAGGGGCCUUGUUAAGGUUGAUUCAAGGUACACCUACUCCCCAAAAAAUGGCUCUCACUGACUCGAGCCAGAUAGACUUUCCCUCUUUUCUUUGUGUUCUUCUUUUUUCCCCAUGAGUUUUGUUUUCUUUAAAUUGUGUUGCAUAGACCAUCCCUCUUUUUUUCCUUUUUCUUUUUUUUUUCUAAUUUAAGAUAUUUACCUGUGUACCGGUGAUCCUCUUUGUCCGAGACUCACCGGGAAGUUCAUUCCUGUCUGAGUGAAGCUGUUGGUUGCAUUUCGUGUGAGUCAUAUUUAAAGAGUUCCCGCCUCGUUUCGUUCCUGUAAAUAAUAUCAGUACUGUCUUUUCUUUUGUAAACAUAGCAUAUAUAUUUAAAUGGUGGAAUGUGAUAUUGUAUAUAAGAACAGAUGGAUUUCUUGGGUUGUAAAAUAAAGCUCUUUGUGUUACAGUG